AUGGGCAACCCAUUAAGGUUUAAACAGUAUUCAUUAUCAUGGCUCAUUUUGGGAAGCAUUACUUUGCUACAAGCCAUGAGUGGAACUCGUUUCAUUUACUCAGUAGGCUCAAACCUAAUGAAACAACAUUAUGGAAUCACCAGAGUGCAGAUUAACAAUCUUAUUGUGGCUUCACAAAGAGGAAAGGUCUUGGGAUGCUUUCCAACUGCUGCCAAAGAGCAUCUUCCUGAAUGGAUGAUCGUAGUAAUUGGAUUGAUGUUUGGUUCAGUUGGAUAUGAUGUGCAGUACCUGUCCAUAUCCGCAAACUAUCCCUCUCUAUCUUCCUGGCAAAUCUUGUUUUUCAAUGUUCUUGCAGGAAAUAGCAUUUGUUGGAUUAACGCAUACUGUGAUUUGAUAGCUGCUAAAAACUUCAAGCACACGCAAGACGAUGUUACUGAACUAGCAUCAAUAUAUUCAGGGCUGACUGUAAAGGUAUAUAGUUCUUUAGUUAAAGGAAUUCAAGGGAGAAAAUUGGUUUCUCAUGAUUCUACCAGGCUCUAUCUCCUGUUGAGUUGCCUUGCCCCAGCCGCAGUGGGGUUAGCCAUAGUAGUGUUAAACUGUGUAAUUGAGGUGGGAGAAUAUAAAGAAGCAAAACUGGUUCCCUUUGCGUUUGUGAUUGUUAUAGCAACUGGGGUCUACGCUUUUGUUGAAAAUAUUUCACAACCUUUUACACAAAUGUCACCGCAAUUAAGAGCAGUGAACUUAAUGGUGGUGGUAAUAUUACCACUUGUAGUGGCAUUGAUGAUAGCUGCAAAGCAUAUCCCUUUAGCAAAAUGGGACGCUCAGGACACAGUGGAAGGAAUCACAACCACUGUUGAAAAUCAAGAAAAGGUUGUCACUGAUAAAAUGGAUGUGGAGGCAAAAGAUAAUAAUGGGUUAAAGGAGCCAGUGAAGAGUGUGGAUUUCUGGUUGUUUUACAUGAUAAAUAUGUGUGGGGUUACGCUGGGAAUGGGAAACAUCGAUAAUCUCGAAACCAGCAUUGACGAUGCUGAUAAUGAGUUUAAUGCCUUAAGCGUUCUUCUUGCUUAUCAGCAGCAGCAGGAUGUGUCUACAUAUCAGCACAGGCAUUAUUGCAACUGGUCUCGGAGCCAUAACCGCCAUCGUUGCAUCUUCAACGUCAGAGUUCUUCAGCAGCAGCUCCUAUUCUCUUGUUAA